UUGUUUUUUUUUUUUUUUUUUUUUUUUGACCAUUUAUACUGUUAAAAAUGCUAUACAAAUAAAAUUGAAUUGAACUGGUGCCCAUGAUGGAAGGAUCCCUCACCUCCUACACCCCAGUGUAACCCCUGAGAUUGCUGCAUGAUGUGCUUUGUUAAAACAGCGUAGGUUAAUUAAACCACUCCUGUUUUCACUAUAAUCACACAUUUAAAAGAAACGUGUUGGUGUAAAGGGUAAUCGAGGGAGUUUCCAGUGCUUGUACAGGUCCGGAGAGUGUGAUUGUCCCUGCAGGGCGAAUGAUGUCUUUCAUUAGUCUCAUUGCAGGGGGAGGGGAGCGCAAGUGCAGAGCAGAAGAGGGGAUUUAACGAUCAACCAGGAGACACCCAAAUAGCAUGCAAAUGGAGAAAAACGAUCCCGCUGGUAAGAAGUUUCGCAGCAAGCCUCAGCUGGUGCGUUACCUUGGCAACUCCAUGGACCUCAGCUCGUUCGAUUUCCGCACAGGGAAGAUGCUCAUGAGUAAACUGAACAAGAACAGACAGCGGCUUCGCUACGACACCAACAGUCAGACAAAGGGAAAACCAGACCUGAACACAUCUCUCCCAGUGCGACAGACAGCCUCUAUCUUCAAACAGCCCGUCACAAAAGUCACCAACCAUCCAAGCAACAAAGUCAAAACAGACCCACAGAAAGCCGUAGACCAACCAAGACAGUUGUUUUGGGAGAAGAAGCUGAGUGGUCUUAAUGCUUAUGACAUAGCUGAGGAGCUGGUGAAAACCAUGGACCUACCUAAAGGUCUACAGGGAGUAGGUCCUGGGUGCACAGAUAAAACUUUGCUGUCUGCGAUUGCUAGCGCCCUGCACACCAGCUCUGCUCCCAUCACAGGCCAGCUGUCGGCAGCUGUGGAGAAGAACCCUGGAGUGUGGCUGAACACGACCCAGCCGCUCUGCAAGGCUUUCAUUGUUACAGACGAGGACAUCAGGAAACAGGAGGAGCUGGUGUACAACGUGAGGAAGCGUCUGGAGGAGGCUCUCAUGGCCGACAUGUUGGCUCAUGUAGAGGAGGCUUCCAGCGGUGGAGAGGCACUUAAGGAUGAGGGAAACUGUCAUGAUGACAAAGAGGAUGUAUAGCGAAGGGCAGCAAUACAUGCCUGAAACUACCUGGAUACAAGUCUAUCAACUCAAUCAUCUAAUGAGGACCAGAACUCCCUACUCCAGCAGAUCAGCUCAACUUAUUUACCAAGAUGCUCUAGUCCGGCUAUGAAGGACACUAAUCUAAACCCACUGGUUGGGAUUUCUUUCCAGGGCUGUCAGUUUGGAUUUUAGGCAUUGAUUUUAUUUCUGUUUUUCAUGUGUAUAAGAACAAACCCUUUGCAGAUUCCAGAGUUGAAAGUGGCACUUCCAUGUGUUUGGGUUGUGUCUGAGGGAGUGAUGUGACAAUCGGGGCAAACUUAAAUCCUCCUGUCUAAGUAAGCACGGAGGCUUUAUGAUAUCGCCGAGAAUACCUAGUCCUUAAUGAUGCAGGAAACUAGGAUGUGAUGAAAAGAAUGCAGUUAGUGUUGUACAGUGUCGGGCUCUGUUGAAGGAACCUCAUGAAAUGCAUGUAGAAUUUUGGAUGUUUGAUACAUUUAUUCUCCACAGUACAAUUUCUGUACUAUGCUCAACAUCAAGUCCCUCAAAUCCCCUAAUUCUGGCCACUUGAAGACAAGAGAACAUCAGAACCUCAGCUAACCGAAUCUCACAUAAACUGUAGGAAUUAUAAAAUGUAGGUUUCUUAUGAUUCGUGUUUUAAUCACCCCUGAUUAUUCAGUAUAAAAAUUCAGUGUUGGUUACAGAUUUAAUGAUAAGUUCAGUAUUCUACUCUGUUUUUUUCUUUCUUUUCUUUUUUUUUAAAAUUGCCUCACGUUUGAGUUACAUGUUGUAUCAUAAACGUCCACAGUUUUUGUACGUUUGUAUGCUUAAAUUAGCAUAUUGACCUUAAUACAUUCAUAAAUGUUUAUCUUGGGCACAAUAGUUUAGAGAUGAACAAAACAACUCACACCACAGAUCUUCAUUUGUGCUUCAUCAGUCUGUGGUGUUCAUUCACAUGACUAAUGUUGGUCCAUUUGCUGUUCACAUUUUUCACACGGAACUGGAUUAAAAUCUGAAUUCAAAUGUGAAUGGUGACUCUAUAUAGUACUGCAAAAAACAGUUAUUGUUUUUCUGAAUGAAUGCACAUUGCUAAGUUGAAACUACAUGUUUGAUUUAAAAAAUAUAUAUAUGUUAGAACUAUGGUUUAAACA